AACCGAGCGCUCAGUUUCGGCCGAUACUCGGACGACGACGGACAUAGAUUACUCAGCAAGCGGUGGUUGCUUCGAUUCAGUUCAGUUCUACGGCGACGACGACGACGCGAUAACUUUUUAUGUUAACCCUUUCCGGAUUGCUUCGACUUUCGCAAAUUAUCGAACUGAAAAAAAGUGCAGAACGCAAUCGAUACCAAAAUCAUAUACGGUACGCAGUGAAUGUGGAUUUGGGUGGUGUGUUAUCGUGUUUAUUAACUACCGAAUUAAUAAUUCAUAAACAACAUGCAAACAGCGAUACCCGUGUAAUCAGUAUACUGAAUCGUGCUAAGAAAAACCUGGACAAUUAUUCGUGUCUUAUCAAGUGCAAGUGUUUGUACUCGGCCGACGAGUUACGACAAAGGUGUUUUGUUGCAUACCAUAACCGCAGAUAAAGCCUCGAAGGCGACCUCAAAGCAGGGCUUGUCGUCCAAAGUGUGCGUCCAAGCUGUUUGAACUCGAAGAAAAGGAGUGAUAAGGACCCUUGAAUAGCCCCCUGCCCCAGAAUCGUCCAGGCUACUUCUCAUCCAUUAAUCGUGCUCUGCUUAUCAAUUUUACCUUACCCUAUUUACAUAACGCCUCGUAAUUCGAUCGAGUCGCUACCGUAGACCAUCGUCCUUCAUUGGAUUUGUCAGUUGCAGGAAAGUGCUUCUCCCAGUGGCUGCAGGUGCACGUAUAAGUCGAAACCAUGGCAUCGAAUACCCCAGCGUUGCAAGACGAUGAAAUAUUCGCUCUGAUGAAGUUUCGGCGACAGGUGGCAGACGUGUUGAAACCAGAGCAUGACGACUAUUAUCUGCUGCGAUGGUUACGAGCACGUUCGUGGAACCCAGAGGCCGCCGAAAAGAUGUUGCGUGAGUCGAUGAAGUUUCGCGAACGCUGGAACGCCGACGAGAUCGACAAGUGGCCCACACCGCAGAUCCUGAUAGACUUGGCCCCACAUGGCGUGAGCGGAUUCGAUCGGGAAGGUUCGCCGAUUAUCAUCAUUCCGUUUGCCGGGUUCGAUAUCUGGGGCCUGUUGCACACGGUCUCCCGGGCGGACAUUGUCCGCAUGACACUACAAGCCCUGGAACGGUACAUGAAGCUGGCCUACGAACAGAGCCAAAAGAUGAACAAUAAUAACUGUCGACAGUUUGUGGUCAUUUUCGACAUGGAGAACUUCAACCUGAAGCAGUACGUGUGGCGACCGGCUAGCGAGGUGGUCAUUUCACUGAUCAAAAUGUACGAGGCGAACUAUCCGGAAAUCCUGAAGUGCUGUUACAUCAUCAACGCGCCGAAAGUGUUCGCCUUUGCGUACAACAUGGUGAAGAAGUUCCUCGGCGAGUACACGAUCGACAAGAUCAAAAUUUACAAAUCGGACCAGAACAAGUGGCUGCCGGCGAUCCUGGACCGGUGCCCGGCGUCGCAGAUUCCCAAGUACUUUGGCGGAAGCCAGACGGAUGACGAUGGCAAUCCCAAGUGCGAGAAGAAGCUUUGCUGGGGCGGAAAGGUGCCAAAGUCCAUGUACACCUCUAAGGAGGAUAGCUUUAACAAUAACCUGACCUUCACCGAGACUGAGAUCAAGAAGGGCGGCAAGCUGAAGCUGGUGUUUGACUGCGAGGAUAGCGGGUGCUUCUUGAAAUGGGAGUUCCGAACCUUCGACCACGACAUCAAGUUCGGCAUCAAAUGCGUCAACAAGAAAACCCAGGAAAACGAAAUUGAAGUCCCGCUGAAGCGAGUAGCGUCACAUCAGGUGGACGAGUCCGGAUUCAUCACGUGCCAACCGGGAUGCACCUAUUCGGUUCUGUUCGACAAUUCCUACAGCUAUUUCAAGACCAAGAAAAUCCGCUACUCGGUCCUGAUGACGACGCCGCUCAGUGAAAUCGAGCAAACGGCCAGUGCAAUCACCGUCACGGAGGAAGCGGCCGAAGCGACCGAGGACUAGCUAUGUAAUACACGAUAUCAUAUAUAGCUUUAAAUCAGCAGUGAUAAUGGCUGAAUGAUGACAUUAUCAUCUUCCAAAUUAGUCAACACCCUGAUCUAUAUCACUUUGUACAUAAUGGAGUUGUGUUUGAACCAUUAGUUAGGCAUAAGCUAGUUAGAUAAAAGGAGAAAUGUUACGUUAAGAAAUGUCAGAGAAUAAACUUUGCACAAACAUUGGA